CCCAUCCUCACCCCCCACUGACACACAAUGACCGCUACCAAGCUCUGGCCCAACGGCGUCUCGGUGCCCCUCACGACGGCGUUCAAGGCCGACGAGAGCAUCGACACGGACGCGAUCGCCGCGCAGGUCGUGCGCCUCGCGCAGGCCGGCGUCGGCAUCGUUUUGCUCGGCACGAACGGCGAGGCAUCCCACCUCAGCCGUGAGGAGCGCAAGCUCGUCAUCAGCACCGGCCGCAAGGCGCUCGACGGCGCCGGGUUCGCUGGCACCCCGCUGCUUGCGGGCACUGGUGGCGGCUCCGCGGCCACGACCAUCGAGCUCGCGCGCGACGCUGCCGAGGCCGGCGCGACCCACUCGAUCGUCAUCUGCCCCGGCUACUUCUCGUUCGCGAUGGGCCGUGACCGCCAGGCGAUCCUCGGCUUCUUCAAGAAGGUGCUCGACGAGUCGCCGCUCCCCGUCAUGAUCUACAACUUCCCCGGAGCCGCCGCCGGCAUCGACCUCAACUCCGACGAGCUGAUCGAGCUGUCCGAGCACCCCAACUGCUUUGGCGCCAAGCUCACCUGCGCCAUGAUCGGCAAGGGCCAGCGCCUGGCCGCGCACACCCAGAGCGCCGACUUCCUCGCGCGCCACGGCGCCGCCCUCAAGCAGACCACCGUCACUGGCCAGUGGCAGGUGCUCCCUGGCUUCUCCGAGUCGCUCCUCCCUGCGGUCCUCGCGCGCCACACCGGCUGCAUCACGGGCACGGGCAACAUCUUCCCCAAGACCAUCAACCGCCUGUACCAGCAGACUGUCAAGGGCCUGGCCGGCGACGCCGCCGCGCUCAAGGAGGCCCUCGAGCUCCAGGACCGCGUCGCGCGCUCCGACUUUAUCAUUGUCAAGGCCGGCAUCCAGGGCACCAAGCACGCGCUCGACUACUUCGUCAAGCAGGGCCUCGGAGGCUACGCCCGCCUGCCCCUCGGCCCCACCUCGCCCGAGGUCAAGAAGCUCGUCGAGGUCGAGCUCAAGGAGGACUGGGAGUUUGAGCAGAGCCUGUAGACUAAAGACUUGUACAACAUGGGCAUUGGUUGUGUAUGCAGGUG